AUGUCGCAACGCCUUUCAUCAUCAGAUUUUCCCACUCACAAACCCUAAUUUCCCAUUUGGCAUUCCCUCAUUAUUAUUUCUACAACACAAAUUCAGAUAUUCAACGGCAACAGCUUUCAGUCCUAUCUUUUUUAUUUAUUUUCUAUUUUUUUUACAAAAUUAGGGUUUAUCAAUCAAAGGGUUUCUCCUUCUUACAUUUUUUCUAAUAUUUGAGUUUUGAAGAUUUGUAAGUUUUCAAUUUCUAUUUCUCGGGCAAUUUUUCGAUUCAAUUGAGGUGUGGGGUGGAGGGUUUCCUGUCACAAAAAAGAAAGAGAGGUGAGGAGGAGGCAGAGGACUGCUGAUCGUCCCGAUGGGGUCAUUUGGAAUUGGGGACCGAAGGGCUUCUUUGUAAUGAUUCAAUUAUGGACUUGGAACCUGGCAGCAGAAACAGUGAGCAUUCAGAAAUAGUUGUUGAUGGAAGUGGAGGCAGUAAGCACUCAGAAACAUCAAAGGCUCCUGAUGCGAGUGAUAGAAAUAGCCCUUCAACAAUACGUCCAGAGGCUGAUGCUAAUGAAGGUGAUCUGCGUGUCCCGUCCAGAAAGCUAAUCUCUUUGUCCUCUUUGUCUUCAGUGGCAUCAGACUCGUCAUUGGAAGAUCUCUUCCAAGUGGACACAAAUAGAAUUUCCACUUCACCACAUAUUGCUUCCCUCCCUAAACAUCAUGACCACAGCUCUCUGGGUCCCGCAUCAACAUCCCGAGUUUCGGAUGUUGGGCAUGGUAUGUCACCGACAGAAUCCCCCACAGUCCAAAUGAUGGAACGGAGUGGAGGGUAUGAUCCUUGCAGGAUCCCGUCUUCUGUGUUUGCAAGAAGUAAAUCCAACAAAGAAAUGGAAUGGAGUGUUGCUUCCAAUGAGUCAUUGUUUAGCAUUCAUUUAGGCAACAAUAGCUUUUCCAGAGACCAUAUAUUUUUGCUGGGUGAUUUGACUAAGUCUGGGGAACUAUAUAAAUCAGGCGAGUUGUUUGGGCUUAGUCCACACCCUCCUCCAAUUCCUGAGCUAGAAAUUGAAAGCAAUGGGAUUGAAGAGGUGAGGGAAUCUGGAGCUGAAGGAAUGGCAGAUGAGACCGUCAAGGACACUGCAAGAACAAAUGCCGAAGAUCAUAGUGAGGGAAGAGUACCACCUCCAACUGUAUCCUUCAAAUCCCAUAGCCUCUCCCGCCGUUCCGAUGGGAGUGGAGCUAGCACACGCUCUUUUGCCUUCCCAAUGUACGUCUAUAUAAGUUUUCUAAGAUUGACAGAUGGGAUGAAAAAUUCUAUUAAGGUUACACAGUAUACCGAAGAGAAGUGUCUGGAGCCACCAGCAGCGGCCAAAGUAUCGACUAAAAAAGUAACCAAAUCAAAACCCACCUAUUGGUGUCGUUGCUUUUCUUGGUGCAAGUGGGGUUGUUCUUGUCAUCGUCACUGUUCUAGUCCUUCUUGUUCUUGUUGUGGUGGUGGUUGUUGAGAAAUGUAAGUGCUAUCCUCUUUCUUUGCCCACAAUGAAUGCCUAACCUUCCUUUAAGGUACUUGUUCCGAGAAAAGUAUGUAUAGUUACAGAAGAUCAGUCAUUCACACAUCGAAAUCCUCUCAAACUCAGUUGAUAGUUGGAGUGUCUUCUAUUCUAUGUCAGAUAUCUAGUGCAAGAAUUUCUAGUACUCUAGUUUCAGGUCAUAUUUUUUGCUUUGGUUUAUGCACAACAUGCUACAUGGUGUAACUUGAAUUGUACAGUAGGUUUAAUGCAUCUUAUAACACAUGUAGCAUUUGCAUACAAUAAGGGAAACUUGUAAGCUCUCUUGUCUGAUUAGUCUCAGUUUCAUCUAGUGGGAAGCCCUGAAUGCUACACGAAAUCUGCAAUGCUUCGCAUUCCAAAGGCAGACGAAGAAUAACUCAGGUCUCUCUCUCUCAUUUGCCAUAUCAUAAAGUAAUGUGAGCAGAGUAGGCUGUGAAAAACCUUGACAGACAAAACUUUCUGUCAACAUGCUGUUCCAGGAAGAAUGUGCUACCAAUUUGACAAGAGCAAUCUGCCAAGCCAAUCAUGGCGAGAAUGGAGCCCAGAGGGGCAUAGCUAGCAACUUUCUUCGCAACGGAAGCUGAUUUUAAUUGAAGCAUGGAUUUGAAUGACAGAACAUUCAGCAGCAGAAUCAGCACCAGCCCUUAUGCUAUCUUGAUUUAUCAGGCAUGGUCCGAGAAUACAGAGCGGGCUCAUCACAUGUUACCAAAAAUCUCCUUCCAACAAGGAAUACUUUUGUAAUGUACAUAACCAAUUUGAGAUGCCAUAUGAUCAUUUAGUUUUAA